GGCGGGGCCAGGCGCCAUUUCCGGCCUUGGCGCCGGAAGGCGGUUUGUUGUGAGGCGAGAGCGUGAGGGAGCGGCGGCGUCAGGCAAAUGGGCGGGGCGGCAGGCCGUGAGGGCGACGGUGGAGGCGGCCGCGAUGCGUUCUGCUCUGGGGGGCCGUCGUGGGGCAGCUUUCCUCGGCCCUUGAGCAGGCCUCGGCGGCGGCUGGAGAUCCCUUCCGAGCCGAGCAGGCCUUGAGAGACUCCCACAGGCCCGUCCCUGCUUCCUUCUUUCCAUCAUUCCUCCUUCUCCUCGCAGCCACCAUGCCUUGCACCUGCGGGAACUGGCGGCGCUGGAUCCGGCCGCUGGUGGCCACGGUGUACAUCGUGGGGCUCCUGGUGGCGCUGCCGCUCUGCUUGUGGGAGCUGCAGAAGCUGGAGGUUGGAAUCCAUACCAAGGCAUGGUUUAUAGCUGGAAUCUUUUUAUUGAUGACAAUACCAAUAUCUCUUUGGGGAAUAUUGCAGCAUUUAGUUCAUUAUACUCAACCUGAAUUACAGAAGCCUAUAAUAAGGAUUCUAUGGAUGGUGCCAAUUUACAGUUUAGACAGUUGGAUAGCAUUGAAGUACCCCAAAAUUGCAAUAUAUGUGGAUACCUGUAGAGAAUGCUAUGAAGCAUAUGUCAUCUAUAAUUUCAUGGUAUUUCUUUCAAGCUACCUGACCAAUCGCUAUCCCAAUCUGGUGUUAAUCCUAGAGGCCAAAGACCAGCAGAGACAUCUGCCACCAUUGUGUUGCUGUCCACCAUGGGCUAUGGGAGAGGUGUUGUUAUUCAGAUGCAAGCUUGGAGUUCUUCAGUAUACUGUUGUCAGACCAUUCACCACUAUUAUUGCUUUAAUCUGUGAAAUGGUUGGUGUAUAUGAUGAAGGAAACUUUAGCUUCAAAAAUGCUUGGACCUACUUGGUUAUUUUCAACAACAUAUCCCAGUUGUUUGCUAUGUACUGCCUUGUAUUAUUCUAUAAAGUACUACGGGAUGAACUGAACCCAAUUAGACCUGUGGGGAAAUUUCUAUGUGUGAAGAUGGUUGUUUUUGUUUCUUUCUGGCAAGCUGUACUUAUUGCAUUACUGGUGAAAGUUGGUGUUAUCUCUGAAAAACGAACAUGGGAAUGGCAAACUGUUGAAGCUGUGGCGACUGGUCUACAGGAUUUUAUUAUUUGUGUAGAGAUGUUCUUUGCAGCGAUUGCUCAUCACUACAGCUUUUCCUACAAGCCUUAUGUACAAGAAGCUGAAGAAGGCUCUUGUUUUGAUUCUUUCCUUGCAAUGUGGGAUCUUUCUGAUCUUAGGGCAGACGUAACUGAACAAGUUCGCCAUGUUGGAAGGACAGUUUUUGGUACACCUAGGAAAAUGUUUUUUGGUGAAGAUCUUGACCAGAAUGAACAUACAAGCUUGCUCUCGUCAUCCACUCAGGAUCCGAUUUCUGCCGCCUCUUCCAUGCCAUCAUCACCCGUGGGCCAUUAUCAAGGAUUUGGGCAUACUGUGACUCCAACAAUGGCUACUGAACCAACAUCAGAUGGCUUCUGUAACAUCACAGAAGAGAAUGAGAGUUCCCCUGUUCAAAGAGAGGAGCCCAUGGGCAAAAGUUAAACCGCUUUCCUCGAGCAUGUUAUUGCAGGAUUUGCUCAGGCCUUGUUUCCUGGCCCUGGAAAUGCCAUUCUCCUAAAAGAAUGUGAGCAACAGAGGACUAUGUGAAACUAACAGUACAGGUGGAUUCAGUUUUAAGUAAUGAAUGUCUGAAUUGCAAAUGAAAGUAUAUAUUGUGCUAUUUUGCAGACACACAUAUGCAGAACAUAGUUGAAUUUUAUACUGCUAUAAUAUGGUAUUGAGGCCAUCACUGAAUUCAACGAUUACAAUCAUUCACUGACAAUAUGGAGUGUAUGAUGUAUGCAUCAGAAGAAAUCGAUUCCAGACAUAUGAUAGUAACUACAUUAGGCUGAGUAGUUUAAAAACCUGCUUGUCCUUCGUGGUAGGGUAAAGUAGGAGGGUUCCAGUUCCGAUUUCCCUUUCCAAGCCAAUUAAUAUUUCAAAAGUGUUCUUUCCCCAUUCCAGAAUAUUAUCUAAUGUGCCAGAAUAAUUAGAACUAAAGCAUUUGUUAUUUAUGUUACAUACACUUCCAUCUGCUGAUCAAAUAGCAUUUGCUCCAUAAUGUGGAUAUCAUUUAAUGUCUUUUUUGAGUUCAAAAUAGUUUUGCCUCCUAAAAAAUUGUCUUAAAUAGAAUCAAGUAAUCUCUGUAAUUCCGGUGUAAGAUACAGGAAUGUAACACAUAAGCAUUGCUCCAAGGACUUAUUACCCAUAUAGUUAACCAGUGGGUUUUCUAGCCCAUUUUCACAUUUGUAUCUGCAAUACAUGCUUGAGCUGUCUUACCUUCAUAUUAAAAGCUGAAAGGUUUGCAUUUUAAAGUGACAUCUUCAGAAAACCAAAUAUUAAGAUACUUGGAGUUUUAAUUGAACUUGUGGCUGCUACAGCGAACUCAUGUGGCAAGUGCUUUUGCAGUACUAGUGUGUUUGUAAAUAUUUGGCCUUAUUCACUAGGCUGCAUAUUUUAUGCUAAUUUUAAUGUGUCCUUAAGUGAUUCUUGUUAAAAGGGGUAAAUCAUGUUUCUCCAUUGUUUGUUGUACAUAAACAAAUAAAAUUUUAUUUAAACUUUUAA